AUGGAUCAUACUCUGAACACAUCGAACCUUCCUGAAACAUUCGCGGGUAAUUUGCAGUCGGCAGAACUAACCUAUUUCACGAGCGAACGAGAGCAGAUAUACUCAAGUGACUCUGACAGCGAUGAAGAUGAAUUGGUUGUGGAGGAACCGGACACCAAUAUCGAGUUGGACCCCGAGAUGCAAUGGAGGGAGUGUGAUGUCAAUGAGCGCCAAAAAGUAGAAUCAUUUCUGGCAAAGGGCUGCGGAUGCAGUUUGAAUGUCAGUAACAAUGGAUACUGCAGCAAUAAUUUUUCUCUGGAAAACGUACUGGAACAUAGACAAAUUUGUCUUGAAAUGGCCAACUCUGAAUUAGACAUGGUGAUACUUGUGCAGUUUGACGCAUGCACUAAAAGAGAUGAACUGUCUUUGUCCAGUCAGCAAACAAGACAAAGGAGAAGGACGCAAACAAACUUCACUUUUCAAGGUAGGGUGAAGAAAAUGUUACGAAUGUAGCUUAUGGAAGAUGAGAGUUUGUAACAACUUCAGUUCAGCUAUGUCUGUCCACUAAUUCAUUUGAAAAUUGACCGCUUUUAGCCUGUCUUUGCCAGUUAUGGAAUGUUUUUUUUGGAAAAAUGCAGUGUCCGUGUUCAUUAAGUUGCCUCUUUUUCAUUCUUUCUCUAGGUUUUCCGAUUGCAAGGACUUCUUUUUAAUUAUAUAUGGAAUUGGAAAGAAACGCUUGGAAAACCUCCAGAAGCAUUACAAGAAAAACGGAAUUCUUCCUCGUGUUCAUGGCAACAAAGGAAGACUUGCCAUUAGAGUCUGUUCAUUGGAAACCCUAAAACCUGUUGUAUCGUUCCUUGAUAAUUAUGCAGAAGAACAUGCUGUCGCAUUCCCAGGUAGAGUUCCAGGAUUCAAACGUACAGACGUAAGAUUGUUACCAUCAUCCAACACUAAAGCAAGCAUACAUAGAGUAUACGAACAAGCCGCGCCAAGUGCAGGAGUUACUGCUGUCUUAUAUCCCAAAUUUGUAGAAAUGUGGAACAAACUUCGCCCCCAAAUGAGAAUUACGAAACCUAUGACUGACUUGUGCCACACGUGUCAAAAGAAUAACACAAGUAUUUACCGGUCAGCUAAUUUGCCAGAUGAUGAGAAAAGUGAAGUUGUGCGUAAACAAGAAAAGCACCUACUGGACGCAGAAUGGGAGAGAAGUUUGUACAAAAAUGCAUGCAAUGAAAGCAAAGACAGCAUUGCCAAAAUACUACACGAGAUUGAUUUUAAUUCAACACGACAGCCCUGUUCAUUUAAUGGUAAAGUGCACUAUUCAUUUGAUUAUGCAAAUGCGACCAUAAGCUAUCUUCACUAUUUUUUUGCAAACCAUGGCUUGGGUGAAACAGAAGUGCUCCUUCACGCAGACAACUGUUGUCGCCAGAACAAAAAUUCGUACGUACUUUGGUAUCUCGCAUGGUGGGUAAUGGUUGGACUUCACCAAUCUCGCACUUAUAGCUUUCUCAUUGUUGGACAUCCAAAAUUUGCAUGCGACUGGUGUUUCGGGCUUUUAAAGCAAAGCUUUCGGAAAUCCUUUGCUCCUCGCUGUACGAAUUAGCAACUGUAGUAGACACAUCAACUGUCAGGGGGGUUAAUGUUACACUGCUGUGCUCUUUGCAUGAUGGUUCAACCAUUGUUCCAGUCUAUGACUGGGUCUCCUUUUUGUCACUUUAUUUUAAAAAGUUUCCAAACAUCAAGAAAUAUCAUCAUUUUCAAUUCAAGCAAGCAAUGCCAGGUGUUCUAAUGUAUAGGGAGUUUUCAGAUGGAACCGAUGAACAUUUUAGUCUAUUACAUAAAGAAGAUACCCUUCCGCCCAGCAUCCCUCCUGCUCCCUUACAGCCCAAAGGUUUGGAUCAGCAAAGGAAACAAUACCUCUAUACAGAAAUUCGACAGUUUUGCAAAGAAGGUACAGAGGAUCUUAUUGCUCCCAAACCGUAG